AUGACGACAACAAUGGCGGCGGUACAUUUAGCGAAAUUAUUUUUCCGAUGUGUCAAUCAACAAGGUGGGUCAGAAGCCGACGAAGGUGCCGAUGAAGGUGAAUCUUCUUCCUCGCCCAGAAUCCAGGAUGCGCUGGCUAAUUUUCGAGAACAGUGGCAGCGAGAAUUAAAGAUAUCUCCUAAAAAAGAAGUACCGAGUCAUUCAAAGUCGGGUAAGACAUCAAGCAUUGAAACCCAUGAGCUGUCAACAGAAGAUAAGGCCAAAGAUUUAUUUCUAAAAGGAAUUGAGUACGAACGAAAUGGAGAGCUGUAUGACGCAAUAAGGUUCUAUAAACGCGCUGUAUCGCUGGUGCCGGAUAUCGAGUUUAGGCUGUACGAGUCUAUGAAGCCCAAAAAUAAAGAAAAAAUCAAGAAAAAUGAAGACAUACAAAUUGUUGAAUAUCCUGGUGAAUCGUACGGUAACGACGAGGUUGAUGUGCGUGAAGAUGGUGCACUUGUCGUCAAACUAUCAAGGAUUAUUAAUAAAAAUCAAUGUCUCUGUUUUCCAUGUUUUGAGCAGAGCAUGACACAUGUAUCUGCGCUACCUUUAGAAAUAAUUUUGUACAUACUACGUUGGGUGGUAUCUUCAGAGCUGGAUAUACGUUCCCUGGAAAUGUUUUCCCGGGUAUGUCGCGGAUUUUUUAUUUCAGCACGUGAUCCAGAGAUAUGGAGGCUCGCUUGUGUAAGAGUUUGGGGUGUAAAUUGCGGGCAGUACGAGCCAAGGUAUCGUUCCUGGAGGGACAUGUACUUAAAACGUCCUAGAUUACAAUACAACGGAUGCUACAUCAGCAAGACAACGUAUAUCAGGCAGGGAGAAAAUAGUUUUCAGGAUGAAUUUUAUCGGCCUUGGCAUCUUGUUGAAUAUUUUAGAUACGUCAGGUUUUUUCCAGAAGGUCGUGUUUUAAUGUUAACAUCGACUGACGAUGCCCAAAACUGUGUUAAUGCAUUAAAAUAUCGUACUCCACGUAAUCUUGCUGUAUUGAUUGGCCAUUAUAGACUUCAUGAUAAUUGCAUUACAUUGGUUAUGAAAAAACAGGAGUCUAAGAGUAAUAUUAAUCAUAAUUACAAAAAGAAAAAACGAGAAAUUAUUCACGACAGUGGAGAACAAACUUUUCACUUGGAGUUAGAAAUCCAAAGCUUGCAUAAAAGAAAAAAUUGGCAGCUGCUCUGGAUACGUUACAACAUAUUUACGCAGUACAAAAAUGGCCAGCAAGCGACAACGUGCUUGAAUGUUUUCAAUCGUUAUCCAUCGCUGAAAUUCAGUAGAGUAAAAAGUUAUACUCAAGAAAGCGACCGGCCCCUACAAUAA